UCCCCCGACAGAAUACAAACACCGGUUAUGCAUGAAGUUCCGGGACACCGGUGGUACUGAACAACAACGUGAGUUAGCUAACUACGUAGCUAGUUAGCUGAAACUCACAUACAAAAGUAACGUAGCCUACAUAUUUUUGUAUGACAAAGAUUGCAAUGAAACCAAGUGGCUCCCGUGGCAAUAUAACAUUAAACGAGUUGUCGGAAACAGAUCUUGACAUAGCGGGGAACCCGUACUCUAUCUCUGUCCUUAAAGUGGGCUAUUGUGUGUCGCAACCGGAUGGGUCUUUCCGAGCUGACGGGACUAUAACGCUUCUAACCGGACCGAAGACGGUCCUGGUAGACACCGGAGGACCAUGGGACCGUGAAUUUCUCCUUGCACGCCUCAAAGAGAAGGGGUUCGAGCCGGGAGACAUCGAUGUAGUUGUGGGCACCCACGGGCACUCGGACCAUAUAGGAAACCUGGGAUUGUUUCCAGGGGCGUUGGUGGUUGUUGGGUGUGAUAUCAGCCAGGGUGACACGUAUCUCCCCAACCAGUUGGCGGAGGGACAGCUCUACCCAGUAGAUGAGUAUGUGUCGCUAGUGCCUACACCAGGCCACACGGGACGGGACGUCAGCGUGCUGGUGAGCGGAACCUCCUUGGGCGCGGUCCUCGUUGCCGGGGACCUGUUUGAGCGCUGCGCUGAUGAAAGCUGGCGGGAGCUGAGCGAGAACGUGACAGUGCAGGAGGCCAACCGACAGGAGGCGCUACGCACCUCUGAUGUCAUCAUCCCUGGACACGGACUUCCGUUCAGCGUACACAGAAACUGAAUUCAUCCUGGCCCAUACUUAAUUAUAUCCAUACUUGCCCACUAAGAAGCAUGAAGUGCCAAGGUUUCAUGUGGACUAUGGAGGGGCAAUGUGGCCGCACUGCUGUGGGUGUUAUCUGAGUACGUUAACAGGCCAUAAGAGGAUCUAUUGAAUAGAUUCUCAUGUGGGAACAUCAUGAUCAGAAUGUCAGUCUAACAACUGUUCAUUAAGACAGCUGUUAUGUGGCUACAAGCAUACUGGUACAUGAAACUGGCCAUGUGGGGAAUCACUGCUUAUAAGACUGUCUUAGGCCUGGUUAGACUGUGGUACUGACCCAUGAUGUCACCCGUGAUGUCACCCAUGAUGCCACCCAUGAUGUCACCCUGUGAUGCAGUGAGAUAAUACACUGAGAGACACUUCAUCAAUCAAUGGUUUAACAUCACACACUACAGAAGCUGAGUGUAUGUGUGUCAGUGUGUGUGUGUGUGUGGGUGUAAGUGUGUGUGUGUGUGUGUGUGUCAGUGUGUGUGUGGGUGUGUGUAAGUGUGUGUGUGUGUGUGUGUCAGUGUGUGUGGGUGUGUCUAAGUGUGUGUGUGUGCCAGGUACAGGGUGGUAGUUAAUGUAUGUGGUGAGAUGUGUCAAUAAAAGGUUUAUAGACAUCCCUGUCUAAAUGUUAUUUCUUCUGACAGCAGUAAACUAUCCACCGGUAUUUUCAGUCAACGUCAGGGAUGCAAUAAACUUCAGUU